AUGUGCUCUCAGCUCACAGAGCAGGAGGAGACCUGGAGCUUGCGCCAGUUCAUGUUCAGGUGUCACGGGUAUAUGCUCCGCCCACGGCUGCGCCCUGGUUGGAUGCCAUCGUGGCGACUCGCGGGCGAGUACGCCAAUCCGUUUCACUUUGAAGACUCCAAGGCUUUGCCUAAGUAUAGGAGUGAUGUCGUCCGCGGCGCGAUUGAUGCGAAACGCAUCUCAGACGGCAAACUGGUACAUAUCAAGUGCAUCAAGAGUAAGAGUGCUGAGCACCAAAUCGCGAAGAUGCUACUUGGGGACGAUGCCACAAACACAAUGCCUGUGAUUGACGUCUUCGAGAGUGAAGACAACCACAAGGAUGCCUUCAUCGUCACGCCCUUCCUACGGAGUGCGGACAGUCCUCCAUUCGAGUCGGUCGACGAUAUCCUAGACUGCGGAGAGCAGCUGCUGGAGAACCUCGUUGCGCUCCAUGCCAAAGGGAUCGCUCACCGCUCCAUCACAAUGCGCGACCUUGCGCUGGACGCGUCGCCACUCUACCCGCAAGGUUUUCACCCUGUCCAGGACGACUGUCUGCCCGAUGCAGUGACGCCUACGAGUCCUUUGUCGCGUAGGCGCGCCCGGGUCAGCUACUACAUCAUCAACUUCAGCACAGCCAUGCGGAUGCCUGAGCCGUACGACCGCACGAAACCAGCUAUGCUAGACGUUGGGAGUUACGCAUGGCACGGGCGCAGCGCGACACCACCAGAACUUGUGGCGGUCAAUAUGGGCCUGAGAACGCAAUACAACCCGUUCUUGUUGGAUGUCUGGCUCCUGGGGUGCGCCUUCAAUCGUAUGUUCGCUCAGACAUACAGCAAUGUCAGCCUGUUGGACCCACUCAUCGAGCAGAUGUGCCAAUCCUCCCCAGAAAGCCGGCCAGAUGCGGCAGAAGCACUGGGACGAUGGCGGGACAUACGCGCACAAGUGGGACACGUACAUAGGCGUCUGGGGGAAAGGGAGCAGUUCCAAUGGCCAGGAAAGUCUCCCGUUCUGGACGUCCGGUCAAUAGCACUGGCUGCGAUGAAGAAACAUAGGCUUUCUGGUGCGUCUGGGUCGAAGGGACGAGGGCUAUACAAGCAUGAGGAGGGGAGACGAGCACUAGUAGUAUGA